AUGCAAGUUUGCAACUCCUUCAAGCUGCGCCUCGCGCGAGUCCAGAGUGUGGUGAAGAAUGUGGUCAACCGUCGCCUGCGGAAGGAGAAGAAGAGACGCUCAAUCCAGAUUUCCGAGCCCUUCGCAUUCAGGCACGUCACGACGAACAUAAAAGGUCUCAGCGAGGAUGAGCUCCAGGUCCUCCGCGAGAAAGCCAUCGCCAGCCGCUUCUCCACCAUCGACGCCCAGCUCGCCCAGCAGCAGCAGCAGCACGACCUCCACCAGAAGCCGGCCCGGACCAACAAGACCCGAGCGGGCUACCGCGGCCUCACGUCCUCCCCGCUGAGUGCCUCACGACCUUCCAUCACCCAGUCGUUUGCGGCCGAGGACAGCGCCUCGCAGCUGAGCCACACGACGGCGUCGUCGACGAGCGGCGGGAGCGACCACGGCUGCGACCUGGGCAAGGAGACCCUCAUCUAG